AAAAGAGCAAUGGCGGCAUGUUGACAUCGUGAGCCGGCGUUUCGCUUCAAGAAUUGCAGGAAAAGAGACGGAAAAGAAGCGGAAAAUGCGGUUCGCGGCGGUCGCGGCCGCGCUCUUGCUGCUCGGCGCGUCUCCGGACACUUCGGACGCGGCCAAACUGAACACGCCGCGCGUCCUGCUGCCGCUCUACAGCCAAUUCCCCAACAACUUCACGCUGCACGUCGACGACGGCGGCUGCUACAAGUGGAGCACGAAGAACCCGACGACGAUCCAGCUGACGGUGGUGGAGGCGGCGGCCGGCAAGGGGUGCUCCUCGGAGGCGGUGGUGAGCGCCGUCAUCUCCGAGGUGGGUCGCCACACGGCCAUCAUCAUCGCCGAGGACGCCGCCUCGGGCGAGGUGUUGCGCUGCGACGUCAUCGUCGACUCCAUCGCCAGCCUCAGCAUCGUCACCACCACCAGGGAGAUCUUCAUCGAGGAGGCCCCCGAGGUCUUCGAGGUCCAGGCCUACGACGACCUUGGAAACAAGUUCACGACGCUGGAGGGAUUUGCCUUCGAGUGGCAGGUGCGGACCGUGUCGAAGCGGGCCAAGGACGGCGUCAUCAAAGUCCUUCGGUUCGAGGACUCGCACUACAACACACCCUCGCAGAGCCUGGCCGAGAUCGAGAGUGCCGGCCUGCACGGCAGCAAAGUGCUCUUGUACGGGGUCAGCACCGGCCAGGUUGAGGUCACCGUAGCCCUCGCGCAGCCCCAGUACCAGAACGUCCGGCCGGCGCCUUCGGUGAUUCUCGCCGUCGUCGCCAACCUCCUGCUCGACCCCCUCGACACUCUCCUCAUGCCCUACACAAAGGUGAGAUACCAGUUGGAACUUGUCCGGCACGGUCGCCAGGAGAAUUUGGCUCUGCCCUCUGAGCAGUACCAACUGGAGGUGCAGGACUCUGCAAUCGCCAGCCUGCAGUCGGACGGGGUCAUUGUCGAGGCGCUGUCCGUCGGCAAAACCAGAAUCCUCCUCAGGGACAUGAACGCCGUGGAUGAUGAGGAGGGCCGCACGACCUCGGCCACUCUCAGGGUUGCCAACCCCACUGCCCUUGACAUCCAGGUCCUGCCUCACAAAAGUUGGCAGUUGAUUGCCGGGCGUCACUACGAACUGCAUGCCAGCAUCCUGGACGCCAACAGACACGUCUUCCACAUUGGUGAGGGUCUGCAUAUCAACAUCGAGGCGAACCCCAAGUACUUCUCGAACGACAGGAAAACGGCCUCGGUGCUCUUCGGAAGGGCGCAGCUGAUCGGCACCAUUCCCGUCACUGCCAGUCUGCCCGACACGCAGCACUCCCUCUUGGCCAAGAAGCACCUCGUCAUCAACGAGCAGGUCAAGGUCAAGCCAAAGGUCACCUACCUGCCUUGGUCCAAGACUCCAAAGCCUUACGAGAUCCAACUGGAAGCGACAGCACGAACCGGAGACGGAAGCGCCCCAUCCUUCGUGUGGCAGAGCCGCAGCCCUCGCGUGGCCAGCGUGAGCCAGGAGGGCGUGGUGACCUCUUCGGAGGCGGCCAACGUGUCCGUGUGGCUGGACAAAGACCCGCUGAACGUGGCGCAGGCGCAGGUGCGCUUCCUGCCGCCGUGCAAAUUAUCCAUCGUGGGCCGCAACCUGCAGGCUGAGGCCGGCUCGACGCUCCACGUGCCCGUGCAGUUGCUGCUGUGCGACCCUGCAGGCCUGGAGGUCAAGGCGGCCGACUGCAGACACGCCCCCCUCGCCGUGGAAACCUCGGACAAGGUGCGCAAGCUGCCCAAGAACGGCGGCCCGUUGGACGCGGCGGCCGGCUCGUGCGCCUCCGUCCUGCUGACUUCGGACGCCGCCCUGCUGACCUCUGUGCGCGUCACGCUGGACGUGCAGCUGCCCAACGGCGACCUGCUGACCCUCGAGGACACGACCACCAUCAGCUUCUACAAACCGCUGCGGGUGCUGCACCCGACCUCGGCCCUCACCGUCCUCGCCCCCGGCAGCUCCAGGAACGUCAUCUUCGAGGGCGGCCCGAGGGCCAUGACCGGACUCGCCAAACCCGGACGCAAAAUCUCUAUCGCCAACCCGGCACUUGCGCAGUGGUCAGAUGUGGACCAGAACAGCGUCAACCAUGUGAUCGUCCGAGUUUUAUGCAACAAAGUGGGCGAGACCGAGUUGGCGUUGUCGCUGAGCCUGGGCGAGGGCGACGCCGCCGUGGAGGCCAAGGGCGUCGUCAAGGUCGUGUGCGCCAUGCCCGACUCGCUGACCCUGACCCCGCGGCUGCCGACGCCCGACUACGACGCGUGCAGCAUCUCGGCGGGCACCCUGGUGGCCCUGAGCAGCCAGGAGGUCACCGUCGAGGUCACGGCCUUCGACUCGCACCUCCGAAAAUUCGACAACUUCUCGAGCGUGCGCUCCGACUGGACCCUCGACCCCCGCGACGCCGUCCACGCCCUGCCCGCCGCCCUCGGCAACGACCCCGUCAGGGACGACGCGUACGGAGUCUUCCUGCCCGGCUCCGCCCACCACACCCUCCGACCCCUCGGGCAGAGCAACCUGCUCACCGUCACGGCAACCCUGACCGCAGCACAGGUGCAAGUGAAGGCCCAGGCGGCAAUUUUGUUCCUGGAGGAGGUGCAGCUGAGCCCGAGCAGCCUCACCGUUUACAACCACUCGAGCAAACUGAACCGAAUGAAAAUCUCCAAAGGCUCAAACUCUUUCUUGCUCAACAUCGUCGACGGCAAAGACGUCAUCGACAUCAACUUGGCCAAGCAGAAAAGGGCCGUCGAGAUCACGCCAAAGAAACCGGGCCACGCGAGGAUCUCUGUGGUCGACGCGUGUCUGCCGAAGGAAACACGCAGAGCCGCCGUCGGCGAGGUGACGGUGCUGGGCAUCGGCUCGGUGGUGGUCAGCGUGGCCUCGCAGGUGCAGGAGGGCAGCACCGUCGAGGGCUCCCUCACGAUCGUGGGCACCGACGGCCAGCAGAUGACCCCGCCCACUGCAGCCCUCGUCAAGCACAAGGAGGACGCGACCAAGAUCCAGGUCGACAUCUCCGACACCUCGCCCCUCCACUUCAAGGUCACCGGCCUCAAACUCGGCAAUGCCGAACUCAGAUUCGAGGUUGACAACGUCCUCAGCCACCCGGUCAACAUCAACGUCUUCCCACCCAUUAAGAUUUGGCCGAGCGACCUGGUGCUGGUGCCCGGCUCGGUGAUGCAAGUGCUGGCCAAAGGUGGUCCGAAGGUGCCGGACGCGGUGCUCGAGUUCUCGUCGUCGUCGCCGGAGCGUCCGUCCUGCCUGGACACGACCGUGGGCGGCAUGAUGGAGGCGCGCUGCACCGGCUCGGGCCGCGUCUCGGUCAAGGCCGUGGCCCCCGACGGCCACAUCUACUCGCAGGACUCGGCCCCGGUGCGCAUCGUCGCCCUGAGCGCCGUCGAAGUCGCCACGCCCACCACCGUCCUCGAGCAGGGCACGCGCAUGCCCGCCUACCUGGUCGGCAAGUCGGACACCGGAGAGGUCGUCUCACCUUUUGUCGUGGCCACGCUCGAGGCCAAGUGCGUCUGGGCUGACCACGGCGGCCGCCUCCACGUCAAGUCCUCUGACAGCGUCGUGCACGUGGACGCAGUGAACGUGGGCAUGGCGGAACUUUCGGCCACCUUCCAACUGGGCGAGGGCACCGUCUUCACCAGCACCGCGGCCGUCGAGGUCAUCCCCGCCCAACGCCUGACCCUGCCCCCGAACGCACCCUCCGCCGCCCCCAUCCUCAUCGCCCCCUUCUCAAAGGUCCAACUGAGGGCGAGCAGCGGCAAGUUCUUCCUGGACUGCGGCGGCGAAGGAAUCAUGUCCGUGAGCGAGGGCGGUUUGGUGACCUCGGCAGGGCCGCUGGGCCGAGGCACCAUCGUCGUGUCCGACCACAAGACGAACCAGAAGCUGGUGGUGGGCGUGGCCGUGGUGCCCGUGGCGUACGUAAUGGCGCAGGCGGCCUCACCGCUGGGGGUGUUCGCGCGGGGCAUGCAGACCCCCGUGCAUGUGACGUACCACGACGCCAUCGGCAGGGAGAUGGUGGUGCCCUCUGAGGAGCGCCGCCUCGAGUGGAUGUCCAGCCGGCCGCAGACCCUGGCCCUGACCAACGACCUUCUGCAGCUCGGCGAACUUGGCCGCGCUGUCCUGGACCUGUGGGACGGCGCCCAGCACGCCUUCCUCAAGCUGCAGGUCAGGCCGAUCGUGAGGCCCACCGCCCUGAGCCAGGGUGACGUCGUCUGCUACCACGUCGGCCGCCAGGGCAACUGGAGCACCCUGGCCGACGCGGCCCUCCAGGUUGACGCCACUACGGGCUGGGCCGUCGCCCUCGGCCCCGGCGACGCCAACCUCAACUUCGUCUCCUCCGAAGGCGUGACCACUUGGGCCGAGAUUCAGGUCAGCCCUGCCACCUCCGUCGCCUGGCUCAGCCCCUCGCCCUCCUCCUUCAGCAGCAACGCGCCCUUGCUGGCCAAAGUCCUCAUCAAGACCAACAACAAAAGUGGCGCAAAAAAGAGCAGCCUGGUAGAGGGAAAGUGUGAUCCGCCGGCGAGUAAGUUGCCAUCGGCCAUCGAGUGCAAGGUGGCGUGGGAGGACGGCUCGUACGACCCGACCCUGAGCGCGGAACCCGUGUACGACUUCCAGGGCGCGCAGCACGCGUGCCAAGUGUCGGCCAGCAGCGGCGAGCGCAGCAAGAAGUUGAUGCUGAUGGCGUGUCUGCGCGACUCGACCGUCUGCACGGACAGACUGGGCGUGACCUUCUUCAGCCCGGUCGAGGUGGCGGCCAAGGAGGUCGUCCUCUCCGAGCAGGCUGGCCAGGUCGUGCUCUCGGGGCCCAGCCAGGCCCUGGGCAAGGUCAGGGUGGAGCCGACGCCCGAGCUCGAGAUUGGCCACGCCAGGGAAGUCGGCCCGGACGCCAUCGCCAUCCCCGUCCGGCUGACGGACGCCUUCUGGGCCCUGCCCCACGCCCACCGCUACGGCAGCGUCCUCCUCAGGAUCAACUCGCCCCUCACUGGCCAAACAUUCAUUCUGCCCGUGCUGGUGGACAAGAACGUGCAGGCGCCCAUGUGUCCGAACAAACCGGCCCUCUUCACCGCGUCCUGGGACCUCCUCUACAGUUUCCGCACCGAGAUCAUCUUCGCCAUCUGCAUGGUCAUCGUCAUUGCCGCCGCCUCCAAUCUUUACUUCGCCAACAACUCGUACACCAGCAGAGGCUUUGCACCCCCGCCUCAGCAAGUCCAGAACAACUCGCCCUUUUUGAACAGGAGCGGUCCGUCGACCUCCCCGAACGGCAGCAACUCUUCUUACCAGUCAAACUUGCACACUCCAGGCCGCUUUGCUUACACAGGUUACGUAUACGGCAAUCAGCAGCUGGACAACUCGUGGGGCUCGCCUGGACGACACUGAUCGAGACUCUUCUGGACAUUUAAGUGACCUUAAACAGUGCAAGUGAUUACGUUAUAAGAAGACUCGGAGUUGAUUCGUCGAGUGUCAUAAGUUCGCUGGCCUUUUUCAGUUUUAUUUUUGCGAACACAUUUCAGUUUUCAUUCUAAGAAGUAAGCUAGGAUUACUCAAUGUUCCUGUAUUGCAUCUCCACCGAAAGUAAUUUCUAAUUUUCUCACAAGCGAUGAAAGAAUCCAGGGAUAGUUUUCAAUGAUGAAAUGCAAAUAAGUGGAGCUGUGAUAAAGCCAUGGUUAAUUUAAUUUACGAAAACUCGCUCUAAUUGCAAACACACAGGUUGUACUUAAUUCUGAAUAAAAGUGUUGAUUGUAAUGAUUUUUGUACGAGAAAUAAUAAAAUUGAACUGUCAAAAA